UUGCAAGAACUGCAGGGGAGGAGGACGCUGCCACCCACAGCCUCUAGAGCUCAUUGCAGCUGGGACAGCCCGGAGUGUGGUUAGCAGCUCGGCAAGCGCUGCCCAGGUCCUGGUGGCAGCCAGCGGGAGCAGGAAAGGAAGCAUGUUCCCAGGCUGCCCACGCCUCUGGGUCCUGGUGGUCUUGGGCACCAGCUGGGUAGGCUGGGGGAGCCAAGGGACAGAAGCGGCACAGCUAAGGCAGUUCUACGUGGCUGCUCAGGGCAUCAGUUGGAGCUACCGACCUGAGCCCACAAACUCAAGUUUGAAUCUUUCUGUAACUUCCUUUAAGAAAAUUGUCUACAGAGAGUAUGAACCAUAUUUUAAGAAAGAAAAACCACAGUCUACCAUUUCAGGACUUCUUGGGCCUACUUUAUAUGCUGAAGUCGGAGACAUCAUAAAAGUUCACUUUAAAAAUAAGGCAGAUAAGCCCUUGAGCAUCCAUCCUCAAGGAAUUAGGUACAGUAAAUUAUCAGAAGGUGCUUCUUACCUUGACCACACAUUCCCUGCGGAGAAGAUGGACGACGCUGUGGCUCCAGGCCGAGAAUACACCUAUGAAUGGAGUAUCAGUGAGGACAGUGGACCCACCCAUGAUGACCCUCCAUGCCUCACACACAUCUAUUACUCCCAUGAAAAUCUGAUCGAGGAUUUCAACUCUGGGCUGAUUGGGCCCCUGCUUAUCUGUAAAAAAGGGACCCUAACUGAGGGUGGGACACAGAAGACGUUUGACAAGCAAAUCGUGCUACUAUUCGCUGUGUUUGAUGAAAGCAAGAGCUGGAGCCAGUCAUCAUCCCUAAUGUACACGGUCAAUGGAUAUGUGAAUGGGACAAUGCCAGAUAUAACAGUUUGUGCCCAUGACCACAUCAGCUGGCAUCUGCUGGGAAUGAGCUCGGGGCCAGAAUUAUUCUCCAUUCAUUUCAACGGCCAGGUCCUGGAGCAGAACCAUCAUAAGGUCUCAGCCAUCACCCUUGUCAGUGCUACAUCCACUACCGCAAAUAUGACUGUGGGCCCAGAGGGAAAGUGGAUCAUAUCUUCUCUCACCCCAAAACAUUUGCAAGCUGGGAUGCAGGCUUACAUUGACAUUAAAAACUGCCCAAAGAAAACCAGGAAUCUUAAGAAAAUAACUCGUGAGCAGAGGCGGCACAUGAAGAGGUGGGAAUACUUCAUUGCUGCAGAGGAAGUCAUUUGGGACUAUGCACCUGUAAUACCAGCGAAUAUGGACAAAAAAUACAGGUCUCAGCAUUUGGAUAAUUUCUCAAACCAAAUUGGAAAACAUUAUAAGAAAGUUAUGUACACACAGUACGAAGAUGAGUCCUUCACCAAACAUACAGUGAAUCCCAAUAUGAAAGAAGAUGGGAUUUUGGGUCCUAUUAUCAGAGCCCAGGUCAGAGACACACUCAAAAUCGUGUUCAAAAAUAUGGCCAGCCGCCCCUAUAGCAUUUACCCUCAUGGAGUGACCUUCUCGCCUUAUGAAGAUGAAGUCAACUCUUCUUUCACCUCAGGCAGGAACAACACCAUGAUCAGAGCAGUUCAACCAGGGGAAACCUAUACUUAUAAGUGGAACAUCUUAGAGUUUGAUGAACCCACAGAAAACGACGCCCAGUGCUUAACAAGACCAUACUACAGUGACGUGGACAUCAUGAGAGACAUCGCCUCUGGGCUAAUAGGACUACUUCUAAUCUGUAAGAGCAGAUCCCUGGACAGGCGAGGAAUACAGAGGGCAGCAGACAUCGAACAGCAGGCUGUGUUUGCUGUGUUUGAUGAGAACAAAAGCUGGUACCUUGAGGACAACAUCAACAAGUUUUGUGAAAAUCCUGAUGAGGUGAAACGUGAUGACCCCAAGUUUUAUGAAUCAAACAUCAUGAGCACUAUCAAUGGCUAUGUGCCUGAGAGCAUAACUACUCUUGGAUUCUGCUUUGAUGACACUGUCCAGUGGCACUUCUGUAGUGUGGGGACCCAGAAUGAAAUUUUGACCAUCCACUUCACUGGGCACUCAUUCAUAUACGGAAAGAGGCAUGAGGACACCUUGACCCUCUUCCCCAUGCGUGGAGAAUCUGUGACGGUCACAAUGGAUAAUGUUGGAACUUGGAUGUUAACUUCCAUGAAUUCUAGUCCAAGAAGCAAAAAGCUGAGGCUGAAAUUCAGGGAUGUUAAAUGUAUCCCAGAUGAUGAUGAAGACUCAUAUGAGAUUUUUGAACCUCCAGAAUCUACAGUCAUGGCUACACGGAAAAUGCAUGAUCGUUUAGAACCUGAAGAUGAAGAGAGUGAUGCUGACUAUGAUUACCAGAACAGACUGGCUGCAGCAUUAGGAAUUAGGUCAUUCCGAAACUCAUCAUUGAAUCAGGAAGAAGAAGAGUUCAAUCUUACUGCCCUAGCUCUGGAGAAUGGCACUGAAUUCGUUUCUUCGAACACAGAUAUAAUUGUUGGUUCAAAUUAUUCUUCCCCAAGUAAUAUUAGUAAGUUCACUGUCAAUAACCUUGCAGAACCUCAGAAAGCCCCUUCUCACCAACAAGCCACCACAGCUGGUUCCCCACUGAGACACCUCAUUGGCAAGAACUCAGUUCUCAAUUCUUCCACAGCAGAGCAUUCCAGCCCAUAUUCUGAAGACCCUAUAGAGGAUCCUCUACAGCCAGAUGUCACAGGGAUACGUCUACUUUCACUUGGUGCUGGAGAAUUCAAAAGUCAAGAACAUGCUAAGCAUAAGGGACCCAAGGUAGAAAGAGAUCAAGCAGCAAAGCACAGGUUCUCCUGGAUGAAAUUACUAGCACAUAAAGUUGGGAGACACCUAAGCCAAGACACUGGUUCUCCUUCCGGAAUGAAGCCCUGGGAGGACCUUCCUAGCCAAGACACUGGUUCUCCUUCCAGAAUGAGGCCCUGGGAGGACCCUCCUAGUGAUCUGUUACUCUUAAAACAAAAUAACCCAUCUAAGAUUUUGGUUGGGAGAUGGCAUUUGGCUUCUGAGAAAGGUAGCUAUGAAAUAAUCCAAGAUACUGAUGAAGACACAGCUGUUAACAAUUGGCUGAUCAGCCCCCAGAAUGCCUCACGUGCUUGGGGAGAAAGCACCCCUCUUGCCAACAAGCCUGGAAAGCAGAGUGGCCACCCCAAGUUUCCUAGAGUUAGACAUAAAUCUCUACAAGUAAGACAGGAUGGAGGAAAGAGUCGACUGAAGAAAAGCCAGUUUCUCAUUAAGACACGAAAAAAGAAAAAAGAGAAGCACACACACCAUGCUCCUUUAUCUCCAAGGACCUUUCACCCUCUAAGAAGUGAAGCCUACAACACAUUUUCAGAAAGAAGACUUAAGCAUUCGUUGAUGCUUCAUAAAUCCAAUGAAACAUCUCUUCCCACAGACCUCAAUCAGACAUUGCCCUCUAUGGAUUUUGGCUGGAUAGCCUCACUUCCUGACCAUAAUCAGAAUUCCUCAAAUGACACUGGUCAGACAAGCUGUCCUCCAGGUCUUUAUCAGACAGUGCCCCCAGAGGAACACUAUCAAACAUUCCCCAUUCAAGACCCUGAUCAAAUGCACUCUACUUCAGACCCCAGUCACAUAUCCUCUUCUCCAGAGCUCAGUGAGAUGCUUGAGUAUGACCGAAGUCACAAGUCCUUCCCCACUGAUAUAAGUCAAAUGUCCCCUUCCUCAGAACAUGAAGUCUGGCAGACAGUCACCUCUCCAGACCUCAGCCAGGUGACCCUAUCUCCAGAUCUCAGCCAGACAAACCCCUCUCCAGACCUCAGCCACACGACUCUCUCUCCAGAACUCAUUCAGACAAACCUUUCCCCAGCCCUCAGUCAGAUGCCCAUUUCUCCAGACCUCAGCCAUACAACCCUUUCUCCAGACCUCAGCCAUACAACCCUUUCUCCAGACCUCAGCCAUGCAACCCUUUCUUUAGACCUCAGCCAGACAAACCUCUCUCCAGAACUCAGUCAGACAAACCUUUCCCCAGCCCUCGGUCAGAUGCCCCUUUCUCCAGACCUCAGCCAUACAACCCUUUCUCUAGACCUCAGCCAGACAAACCUCUCUCCAGAACUCAGCCAUAUGACUCUCUCUCCAGAACUCAGUCAGACAAACCUUUCCCCAGCCCUCGGUCAGAUGCCCAUUUCUCCAGACCUCAGCCAUACAACCCUUUCUCUAGACUUCAGCCAGACAAACCUCUCUCCAGAACUCAGUCAAACAAACAUUUCCCCAGCCCUCGGUCAGAUGCCCCUUUCUCCAGACCCCAGCCAUACAACCCUUUCUCUAGACCACAGCCAGACAAACCUCUCUCCAGAACUCAGUCAGACAAACCUUUCCCCAGACCUCAGUGAGAUGCCCCUGUUUGCAGAUCUCAGUCAAAUUCCCCUUACCCCAGACCUCGACCAGAUGACACUUUCUCCAGACCUUGGUGAGACAGAUCUUUCCCCAAACUUUGGUCGGAUGUCCCUUUCCCCAGACCUCAGCCAGGUGACUCUCUCUCCAGACAUCAGUGACACCACCCUUCUCCCUGAUCUCAGCCAGAUAUCACCUCCUCCAGACCUUGAUCAGAUAUUCUACCCUUCUGAAUCUAGUCAGUCAUUGCUUCUUCAAGAAUUUAAUGAGUCUUUUCCUUAUCCAGACCUUGGUCAGAUGCCAUCUCCUUCAUCUCCUACUCUCAAUGAUACUUUUCUAUCAAAGGAAUUUAAUCCACUGGUUAUAGUGGGCCUCAGUAAAGAUGGUACAGAUUACAUUGAGAUUAUUCCAAAGGAAGAGGUCCAGAGCAGUGAAGAUGACUAUGCUGAAAUUGAUUAUGUGCCCUAUGAUGACCCCUACAAAACUGAUGUUAGGACAAACAUCAACUCCUCCAGAGAUCCUGACAACAUUGCAGCAUGGUACCUCCGCAGCAACAAUGGAAACAGAAGAAAUUAUUACAUUGCUGCUGAAGAAAUAUCCUGGGAUUAUUCAGAAUUUGUACAAAGGGAAACAGAUAUUGAAGACUCUGAUGAUAUUCCAGAAGACACCACAUAUAAGAAAGUAGUUUUUCGAAAGUACCUCGACAGCACUUUUACCAAACGUGAUCCUCGAGGGGAGUAUGAAGAGCAUCUCGGAAUUCUUGGUCCUAUUAUCAGAGCUGAAGUGGAUGAUGUUAUCCAAGUUCGUUUUAAAAAUUUAGCAUCCAGACCGUAUUCUCUACAUGCCCAUGGACUUUCCUAUGAAAAAUCAUCAGAGGGAAAGACUUAUGAAGAUGACUCUCCUGAAUGGUUUAAGGAAGAUAAUGCUGUUCAGCCAAAUAGCAGUUAUACCUACGUAUGGCAUGCCACUGAGCGAUCAGGGCCAGAAAGUCCUGGCUCUGCCUGUCGGGCUUGGGCCUACUACUCAGCUGUGAACCCAGAAAAAGAUAUUCACUCAGGCUUGAUAGGUCCCCUCCUAAUCUGCCAAAAAGGAAUACUACAUAAGGACAGCAACAUGCCUGUGGACAUGAGAGAAUUUGUCUUACUAUUUAUGACCUUUGAUGAAAAGAAGAGCUGGUACUAUGAAAAGAAGUCCCGAAGUUCUUGGAGACUCACAUCCUCAGAAAUGAAAAAAUCCCAUGAGUUUCACGCCAUUAAUGGGAUGAUCUACAGCUUGCCUGGCCUGAGAAUGUAUGAACAAGAGUGGGUGAGGUUACACCUGCUGAACAUAGGCGGCUCCCAAGACAUUCACGUGGUUCACUUUCACGGCCAGACCUUGCUGGAAAAUGGCAAUAAACAGCACCAGUUAGGGGUCUGGCCCCUUCUGCCUGGUUCAUUUAAAACUCUUGAAAUGAAGGCAUCAAAACCUGGCUGGUGGCUCCUAAACACAGAGGUUGGAGAAAACCAGAGAGCAGGGAUGCAAACGCCAUUUCUUAUCAUGGACAGAGACUGUAGGAUGCCAAUGGGACUAAGCACUGGUAUCAUAUCUGAUUCACAGAUCAAGGCUUCAGAGUUUCUGGGUUACUGGGAGCCCAGAUUAGCAAGAUUAAACAAUGGUGGAUCUUAUAAUGCUUGGAGUGUAGAAAAACUUGCAGCAGAAUUUGCCUCUAAACCUUGGAUCCAGGUGGACAUGCAAAAGGAAGUCAUAAUCACAGGGAUCCAGACCCAAGGUGCCAAACACUACCUGAAGUCCUGCUAUACCACAGAGUUCUAUGUAGCUUACAGUUCCAACCAGAUCAACUGGCAGAUCUUCAAAGGGAACAGCACAAGGAAUGUGAUGUAUUUUAAUGGCAAUUCAGAUGCCUCUGCAAUAAAAGAGAAUCAGUUUGACCCACCUAUUGUGGCUAGAUAUAUUAGGAUCUCUCCAACUCGAGCCUAUAACAGACCUACCCUUCGACUGGAACUGCAAGGUUGUGAGGUAAAUGGAUGUUCCACACCCCUGGGUAUGGAAAAUGGAAAGAUAGAAAACAAGCAAAUCACAGCUUCUUCGUUUAAAAAAUCUUGGUGGGGAGAUUACUGGGAACCCUUCCGUGCCCGUCUGAAUGCCCAGGGACGUGUGAAUGCCUGGCAAGCCAAGGCAAACAACAAUAAGCAGUGGCUAGAAAUUGAUCUACUCAAGAUCAAGAAGAUAACGGCAAUUAUAACACAGGGCUGCAAGUCUCUGUCUUCUGAAAUGUAUGUAAAGAGCUAUACCAUCCACUACAGUGACCAGGGAGUGGAAUGGAAACGAUACAGGCUGAAAUCCUCCAUGGUGGACAAGAUUUUUGAAGGAAAUACUAAUACCAAAGGACAUGUGAAGAACUUUUUCAACCCCCCAAUCAUUUCCAGGUUUAUUCGUGUCAUUCCUAAAACAUGGAAUCAAAGUAUUGCACUUCGCCUGGAACUCUUUGGCUGUGAUAUUUACUAGAAUUGAAUAUUCAAAAACCCCUGUAAGAGACUCUUUAAGACCUCAAACCAUUUAGAAUGGGCAAUGUAUUUUACGCUGUGUUAAAUGUUAACAGUUUUCCACUAUUUCUCUUUAUUUUCUAUUAGUGAAUAAAAUUUUAUACAAGAA